GGCCUGGAUGGAGAUCUGUGCUAGCAAGGGGAAGGGAUAGGAACCCGGUGGCAGUGGUGUCUCUCCAGUUGCUGGCAAAAGCAGAGACGACUCAAUGCGUCCAGUUCCUCAAUGCGUCCAGUUCCUCUGGCUCUAAAAGGGGCGUGCUUCUGAAUCGUACGAGUAGUAGAAAACGCAGCAGGCGGGAUUCAGAAGAUUGCAGACUGAAUCGUGACAAGCCUAGCCGCCCACGCGAAGGCCGGUGGCGGAUGCCUUUAUAAGGAACGUGUGACGACGGGCGAGGCAGACCUCUGCACUCUGCAAACCUCCCCGUCCGCUCGGCCCGGUCAAACAAGUCAGGUAGCAGCGUCGUCCUCCGGUCAGAGCUCAAGAAGCCCACCGCGAUCGACGCGGCGCAGGCGAGACAGCAUGGGUGGGGGCACGGCGGCAGAGCCCCCGGCGUGGAUGGCCGCCGCCGCGCGCAGGUGGCUGGAGAACGCCGGCGCCACGGUGGAGGACGCCCCGGGCCGGGCCUUCAACGCGCUGCCCCUCUCCGGCGUGCGCGUGUCCCUCGCCGAGCGAGGCCGCGCGCUCUGCUCCCUCCGCGUGCCGCCCCAACUCACAGACGCGGAGGGGAACUGGCACACGGGCGCCAUCGCGGCGGCGGCGGACGACGUGUGCGCCGCGGCCAUCAUGUCCGUCGAGGGCAUCAUCAAGGUCUCCGUCCACUACGACAUCUCCUACUUCACACCGGCCAAGCUCCAUGAGGAAGUGGAGAUGGACGGGCGGGUGGUCGAGCAGAAAGGGCGGAUGACAGCGGUGACGGUGGAGAUCCGGAAGAAGGAGUCCGGCGAGCUGGUGGCCAUCGGGAGACAGUGGAUGACGGCCUCCAGGCCCAAAGGCUCUCAGAGCAAGAUCUGAAGCUUCCUUUAAAUUUAAUCAGUAGCUUGAAAAUUAAUCAGCAAGAUCUGAAGCUUCGUUGAAAAUUCAGUUCCAGAUGUUACUGGUGUUGAUGUCCCCUGUAAUUUAAUCAUGCAUUGGCAAGCAAGAUGGAAAUUUUCAUCUCUGUCCUGCGUUAAUCCCGGCUCUUUUUUUAUACUAA